AUGGGCAGGAAAAAGCUAUCAACCAACAACAACCUCAACAACGCAGACAACCAAAUUCCAAAAACCAAAAUCCCAGCACGUAGACACCCCCACCACAUUUUCAGCAGUACCGUCAAAAAUAAACCCCAUAACGUAGACGUUCCUAGCACAACCUCAGAGCCUCUGAUAACUCCAACAAGAUUGUGCGACAUUCAAGUGCCAGACUUAAUGUUCUCAGCCACAGCACCCCAGUUCCAAAAUUAUCGCAUGUACGUGGGAUACAACAGAUUUUUGUGGAAAAUCGAUUUGAACGAUAUGCGAAUUCCAUCACAGCCAGAACUGUUUGAUGAUUAUCUCCCUGAAGAUCUGAAGUAUUCUCGAGUUGCUUAUGUCUUCCAAAGUUCUGGGGGUGAUCUAGUGACAUUUAUUAACGACAGCAUGUAUUAUGCAGCAUCAUUUUCGAAUUUUCAAAUCCACCAAAACUUUCGUUUUCCUUUGCCUUCUGAAGCAAAAAUUAUUGCUGUCUUUUAG